ACCGACAUGUAAACGUAGUGCGUCAUGGCCACAGCUAGAUCCGGUCAAAUCAGUUAGAAAUCUCUGUGUUCCAAAACUUGACCUGAGUCUGCUAGACUCGGAAGAAGAACCUGUCAUCAGAGGAAGGAUGACAAUGGCAGGGAUACGUAGUUCGUCGUCAUGGCCACAGCUACAUCCGGUCAAAUCAGUUAGAAAUCUUUGUGUUCCAAAACUCGACCUGAGUCAGCUAGACUCAGAAGAAGAACCUCCCAUCAGAUCAAGAAUGGCAAUGACAUUUACCAGGAAACCUGCAAAUAAAUAUAUUCAAAUUCUACGUUCAGCUAAUUCUCUCCCCGACAUUCCUCAUGGUGCAGCUGAAGUGAGAACAUUAAAAAAAUCACAGCUCAAAAAAUACCCUUCUUCGCCAAAUUUAAAGGCAUUAGUACCUCAAAGAUUUACUGGACCAUCAAACCUUUUGACGUGCAUGUACUUCAUUCUCUCCAACAAAGACCUAAGAGCGCAGGUUCUUCAUCUGUACCUGGUUAUAUACAAGAGCCAUCUAAAAUGCACUCAAAAACAAUACAUUUUCCCGUUUCGAUUGGCGAUUACCAAAUGACAAAACCUCGAAAUGAAAAUGAAAACUUCCAAUGUAGGCCCUCAUGGGCGUACGGCAAAUAUCCACGUGAAUUUAAACCGGAAUUAGCAAUUUUUUCUAAUCUUGGUAUUAACGAUAAAGAACAAGUGAACUCAUCGGAAGACGAGUCUUCUGAGUUUAAUACGGAACCGGAAUAUUAUCCAUACCGUCAAACACUUUCACCCAUCCUGGAGGAAUCGGAAGAAGAUAUGCAAAACAUACCGCCUACACCAACACCCGGUUCCUUUCCAAUUCAAGUAAAGAGUGUAAAUGAAAUAGUUGCAUCAGAUUUAGCUACUAAAAUUUCUGCAAUUAUUGCUCACUCAGUAACUUCAAUCUGUUACGAAGCAAAUUCGGUGGGAUCUUGCAUGGACGAGGUGGAAAGAAUGCCGGAGUCAACAAAAAUCAAUAAGACUAUAUCUGACACUUCUGUCGAAAGUGCUGCUGAAGAUAUUUCAACGUCUCCGAGCCAUACACCAGUAGUGGACAGGACGACUUUGUCAGAUGAACAACAUCUUGAUGUAGGAGAUGUGCAAACAAAGGCGGCAACCACUUCCAUCAAAGAUGUUACCGAAAAAAAGUUGACAUCUUCAAUCCAUUCACCGGAAAACGUUGCAAUAACUAAUGAAUUGACAAAAAAGGAAAAACUUGGUCAGGAAGACGAAGUUCAAUCUAAAAACACCGAUCUCUCCUUUGGGGAUCAAGAAAAACACACAAAUGACAAAGACCAAUCAAUGAAUUUGAAGCCAAUCAUAGCAUGCGAACAGAUCACGUAAUUAAAAUUACAAAAGCAGUUGAGAUGGGUUCACAUGUGGGCGAUGUGGAAGCAUCACCGAAUUCCACGAAAAUCAUCAAGACUGCAUCUAUUACUAUUGACGGCACCAUGGAGGAAAACCCUACAUUUCCAAAUCAAAUGCCAGUAGUAAAUGACAAAAAAAAGAAGCCGCUGAAAAAGGGGACGGAAACGGAGACUUUGAUCGGACAGGAAAAAUCCUGGAACAACAUAUUCAGAAGAAGAACGAGGACAAGAUGAGUGUAAUCGAUCCUAUUCCGUUCCAAGAACUCGAUUCUCAUCUACCACAAUCAAACAAAAGUUUCAUUGAGAAGGCAACUCAGACGAGCGAUCUAGAGGCAGAGAAGUUUUCUUCGAAAUUCACAAAGAAGCAAAAAAAGAAAGUUGAAGUGUCGAAAGGAAAUACAGAAUCAGAUCAAAAAGUUCAGAAAAAAGUACGCGCUGCACUUCUUACGACAUCGAGCAAAAGUUCGACAAAGUUUGAAUCGAAGAAGGACAAUGUAAAAACAACGAAGUCCACAAAAAAGGAUCAAGAACCUCGGAAGAAAAGUGAUGGCAAGAUGCGUGCAAUAAAUUCUAUUCCGCGCAAAACACUCAAAACAAAUCUUCCAGCAUCGCACAAAAGUUUAACUAACAAGGAAUCGCAAAUGAACGAUAUGGGGGCAGCGAAGUCAAAAAAGCAAGUGAAGGGGAAGAAAGAUAAAGUACCGAAAGGAAAUAUAAAAUCAGGUCAAAAAAUACCAAAAUUUGAACGCAAGUUUGGUUUCAUGGUCCGAAAAUUUCCACUCCGACAACGCGUUUCCCUUCUUCCAAAUUCAACCAAGAAAACAACUAAAAUGAAAACACAAAUGAACGAUGGGAAAACAGCGAAGACCACAAAAAAGGUGUUAAAAAACUUUCUCAAGAAGAGGAAAGGUGAAGCACCCAAAGAGAUUAUAACAAAUUCCAAGAAUAAAAAAGGAAAAGGCAAAGACGGUUUAAUGAACUCGAAACCAGUCCCAGUUCCCAGCGAACCUAAUCUUGCAACUUCUAAUACCAAUGAAGAUGAGAUCGGUUCACACAUGGGCGAUGUAGAAAAAUCUUCGAGUUGCACGAAAAUCAUCAAGGUUCGAGAAAUUCAGACAGAUAAACAAAAGUCCCGUUUGAUGGAUAAAAUCUCAACCAAAGCACAUGCUUCACGACUUUCAACUUCGACUAAGAAGGAAUCACAGAUGGACGGUUUGAAGACAGUGAAGUCCACAAAAAAGGUGAAAAAUCGAACCGAAUUCACAAAAUCACAGAAGUCAAAUGAAAAAAUGGAUUCCCGCAAAGAAGAAAAGAAAUUGGUAUACCAUAAACCAGACAAAGGAAAAUCAAAUUCUGGAAUACCAGUUGGGCCAUAUAAAGAAAAAAUCAACAAUCGCCAUCAAAUGCCGAGACCGAAUUACGGCAAUCGGCGAAAAGUCAAAACUUCAACAAAACAUGAGGAUGAAGAUGAAGAAGAAAUAAGGGAGGAAAUAGAAAUUGAUUGUUCUACAAACGAUGUAAUUCUUCGACUUCGGAAUUUUCCUUUUGCUCCGAUUAGAAGAAAUUCAAUGAAGAACAAACAAGGAGCUAUGGCCGAGAAAGAAGGAAUGCACUCAAAUGAGGAAUGGUAUUUUCGAAGAGGAAAAAAUAAAUGGGCGCACCACGAGCCUGAGAAACAAAAGCCAAGUCCUGGAAUGCCAGUUAUUAAGCGAUAUAAAGACAAAUUCAACAAUCGCAUGCAAAUAACAGAACAGGACUACGGCAGUCGGGAUGAAGCCAUGAUGCCAAAAGAGGACGAGGAAAAUGAGGAAGAUGAAGAAAUAAUGGAGGAAAUAGAAAUUGACUGUUCCGCGAACGAGGAAAGCCCUCCACUUUGGGAUUUUUCUCUUACUGCAUUAGAAAAAACAAACCCAAAAACGCAAAAAGCUACGUUCGAGCCAUACGUGACAAAACUACCAAGAUUAAACAGAAAAUUGGAUUUCUACAAAAGAAAUUGGACAAACGGUCAUUAUGGAAUAAGUUCCAACUUGGAGACGAGACUUGGCAUGCCUGUCAAAAGACAGAAAGGAAAACCAUUCGUCAAUCGCAUGGAAUUUCUACCAAGACAAAUCCCAUACUUUGGCAACAAACGUAAGGCGGAUAAGUUAAAGGAACAAAGUGAAGAUGGCGGAUACAAAUAUAAACCACCAUGGAACUUUUCGACAGACGUGAACGCAGACUAAAUUUUUUUCUUGUAUUUUAUGUAUUGAAAAUAAAAUUUUUCAUAAUUUUGAA